UCAGGGCCAGGCGUCGGAGCAGACGGGAGUUUCUCCUCGGGGUCGGAGCAGGAGGCACGCGGAGUGAGGCCACGCAUGAGCGGACGCUGACCCCCACCCAGCCGCAAAGAGUCUACAUGUCUAGGGUCUAGACAUGUUCAGCUUUGUGGACCUCCGGCUCCUGCUCCUCUUAGCGGCCACAGCCCUCUUGACGCACGCUCAAGAGGAAGACCAAGACCAAGUUGUGGACCAAGAGGAAGGCCAACUCAAGGACCAAGGAGACAUCCCACAACGCGACUGCGUCCAGGACGGCCUCCGGUACCAGAACCGAGACGUAUGGAAACCCGAGGCCUGUAAGAUCUGCGUCUGCGACAACGGCACGGUGCUGUGCGAUGCCGUGGUCUGUGAGGAGAAGUGCCCCGGCGUCCAGGCCGCCGACGGCGAGUGCUGUCCUGUCUGCCCCGACGGCUCGGCGUCACCUACGGAGGAACAAACCGCAGGAGUAGAGGGACCCAAGGGAGACACUGGCCCCCGAGGCCCAAGGGGACCCGCAGGCCCCCCUGGCCGAGAUGGCAUCCCUGGAGAGCCUGGACUUCCAGGACCCCCUGGCCCCCCUGGACCUCCCGGACCCCCUGGCCUCGGAGGAAACUUUGCUUCCCAGAUGUCUUAUGGCUAUGACGAGAAAUCAGGUGGAGGAAUUUCCGUGCCUGGUCCCAUGGGUCCCUCUGGUCCUCGUGGUCUCCCUGGCCCUCCUGGUGCACCUGGUCCCCAAGGUUUCCAAGGCCCCCCUGGUGAGCCCGGCGAGCCUGGAGCCUCAGGUCCUAUGGGUCCCCGUGGUCCCCCUGGCCCUCCCGGCAAGAACGGAGAUGACGGAGAAGCUGGAAAGCCUGGUCGUCCUGGUGAGCGCGGACCUCCUGGGCCUCAGGGUGCUCGGGGAUUGCCCGGAACAGCUGGCCUCCCUGGAAUGAAGGGACACAGAGGUUUCAGUGGUUUGGAUGGUGCCAAGGGUGAUGCUGGUCCUGCCGGUCCCAAGGGAGAGCCAGGCAGCCCUGGUGAAAACGGAGCUCCUGGUCAGAUGGGCCCCCGUGGUCUGCCUGGUGAGAGCGGUCGCCCUGGAGCCCCCGGCCCUGCUGGUGCUCGUGGAAAUGAUGGUGCUACUGGUGCUGCUGGACCCCCUGGUCCCACUGGCCCCGCUGGUCCCCCCGGCUUCCCUGGAGCUGUCGGUGCUAAGGGUGAAGCUGGUCCCCAAGGAGCCCGCGGCUCUGAAGGUCCCCAGGGUGUUCGUGGUGAACCUGGCCCCCCUGGCCCUGCUGGUGCUGCUGGCCCCGCUGGAAACCCUGGUGCUGAUGGUCAACCUGGUGCUAAAGGUGCCAAUGGCGCUCCCGGUAUUGCUGGUGCUCCCGGCUUCCCUGGUGCUCGAGGCCCCUCUGGACCCCAGGGCCCCAGCGGCCCUCCUGGUCCCAAGGGCAACAGCGGUGAACCUGGUGCUCCCGGCAACAAAGGAGACACUGGUGCCAAAGGAGAGCCUGGCCCCACUGGUAUUCAAGGACCCCCUGGCCCUGCUGGAGAAGAAGGAAAGCGAGGUGCCCGAGGUGAACCCGGACCUGCUGGCCUGCCCGGACCCCCUGGCGAGCGUGGUGGACCCGGUAGCCGUGGUUUCCCUGGCGCAGAUGGCGUGGCUGGUCCCAAGGGUCCCACUGGUGAACGUGGUUCUCCUGGCCCUGCUGGUCCCAAAGGUUCUCCUGGUGAAUCUGGUCGCCCCGGUGAAGCUGGCCUGCCUGGUGCCAAGGGUCUGACUGGAAGCCCUGGUAGCCCUGGUCCUGAUGGCAAAACUGGCCCCCCUGGUCCUGCUGGUCAAGAUGGUCGCCCCGGACCCCCAGGCCCUCCUGGUGCCCGUGGUCAAGCUGGUGUGAUGGGAUUCCCUGGACCUAAAGGUGCUGCUGGCGAGCCCGGCAAAGCUGGGGAGCGCGGUGUGCCCGGACCCCCUGGUGCUGUUGGUCCUGCUGGCAAAGAUGGAGAAGCUGGAGCCCAGGGACCCCCUGGCCCUGCUGGUCCUGCUGGAGAGAGAGGUGAACAAGGCCCUGCUGGCUCCCCCGGAUUCCAGGGUCUCCCUGGCCCCGCUGGUCCUCCUGGUGAAGCAGGCAAACCUGGCGAACAGGGUGUUCCUGGAGAUCUCGGUGCCCCUGGCCCCUCUGGAGCAAGAGGCGAGAGAGGCUUCCCCGGUGAGCGUGGUGUGCAAGGUCCCCCUGGUCCUGCAGGUCCCCGUGGGGCCAACGGCGCUCCUGGCAACGAUGGUGCUAAGGGUGAUGCUGGUGCCCCUGGAGCCCCUGGUAGCCAAGGCGCCCCUGGCCUUCAGGGAAUGCCUGGUGAACGUGGUGCAGCUGGUCUUCCAGGCCCUAAGGGUGACAGAGGUGAUGCUGGACCCAAAGGUGCUGAUGGUUCUCCUGGCAAAGAUGGCGUCCGUGGUCUGACUGGUCCCAUUGGUCCUCCUGGCCCUGCUGGUGCUCCCGGUGACAAGGGUGAGACUGGUCCCAGCGGCCCUGCUGGUCCCACUGGAGCUCGUGGUGCCCCCGGAGACCGUGGUGAACCUGGUCCCCCCGGCCCUGCUGGCUUCGCUGGCCCCCCUGGUGCUGAUGGCCAACCUGGUGCUAAAGGCGAGCCUGGUGACGCUGGUGCUAAAGGCGAUGCUGGUCCUCCCGGCCCUGCUGGCCCCGCUGGCCCCCCUGGCCCCAUUGGUAACGUUGGUGCUCCUGGACCCAAAGGUGCUCGCGGCAGUGCUGGUCCCCCUGGUGCUACUGGUUUCCCUGGUGCUGCUGGCCGCGUUGGUCCCCCUGGCCCCUCUGGAAAUGCUGGACCCCCUGGCCCUCCUGGCCCUGCUGGCAAAGAAGGCGGCAAAGGUCCCCGUGGUGAGACUGGCCCUGCUGGACGUCCUGGUGAAGUUGGUCCCCCUGGCCCCCCUGGCCCCGCUGGCGAGAAAGGAUCCCCUGGUGCUGACGGACCUGCUGGUGCUCCCGGUACUCCUGGACCUCAGGGUAUUGCUGGACAGCGUGGUGUGGUUGGCCUGCCCGGUCAGAGAGGAGAAAGAGGCUUCCCUGGUCUUCCUGGCCCCUCUGGCGAACCUGGCAAACAAGGUCCUUCUGGAGCAAGUGGAGAACGUGGUCCCCCUGGUCCCAUGGGCCCCCCUGGAAUGGCUGGACCCCCUGGUGAAUCUGGACGUGAGGGAUCUCCCGGUGCUGAAGGCUCCCCUGGAAGAGAUGGCUCUCCUGGCCCCAAGGGUGACCGUGGUGAGACUGGCCCUGCUGGACCCCCUGGUGCUCCUGGUGCCCCCGGCGCCCCUGGCCCCGUCGGCCCUGCUGGCAAGAAUGGCGAUCGUGGUGAGACUGGUCCUGCUGGCCCUGCCGGCCCCAUCGGCCCUGUUGGUGCCCGUGGCCCCGCUGGACCCCAAGGCCCCCGUGGUGACAAGGGCGAGACAGGCGAACAGGGCGACAGAGGCAUAAAGGGUCACCGUGGCUUCUCCGGUCUGCAAGGUCCCCCUGGCCCUCCUGGCUCUCCUGGUGAACAAGGCCCCUCUGGAGCUUCUGGUCCUGCUGGUCCCCGAGGUCCCCCUGGCUCUGCUGGUAGUCCCGGCAAAGAUGGACUCAACGGUCUCCCAGGCCCCAUUGGUCCACCUGGUCCUCGUGGUCGCACUGGUGAUGCUGGUCCUGUUGGUCCCCCUGGCCCUCCUGGCCCUCCUGGUCCCCCUGGCCCUCCCAGCGGGGGUUUCGACUUCAGCUUCUUGCCCCAGCCACCUCAAGAGAAAGCUCAGGAUGGUGGCCGCUACUACCGGGCCGACGACGCCAACGUGGUCCGUGACCGUGACCUCGAGGUGGACACCACCCUCAAGAGCCUGAGCCAGCAGAUCGAGAACAUCCGGAGCCCCGAGGGCAGCCGCAAGAACCAAGCCCGCACCUGCCGUGACCUCAAGAUGUGCCACCCCGACUGGCAGGGCGGAGAAUACUGGAUUGACCCCAACCAAGGCUGCAACCUAGACGCCAUCAAGGUCUUCUGCAACAUGGAGACAGGCGAGACCUGCGUGUACCCCACCCAGCCCAGCGUGGCCAAGAAGAACUGGUACGUCAGCAAGAACAAGGACAAGAGGCACGUCUGGUUCGGCGAGAGCAUGACCCACGGAUUCCCUUUCCCCUGCAGUUCGAGUGACUCCGACCCCGCCGAUGUGGCCAUCCAGCUGACCUUCCUGCGCCUGAUGUCCACCGAGGCCUCCCAGAACAUCACCUACCACUGCAAGAACAGCGUGGCCUACAUGGACCAGCAGACUGGCAACCUCAAGAAAGCCCUGCUCCUCCAGGGCUCCAACGAGAUCGAGAUCCGGGCCGAGGGCAACAGCCGCUUCACCUACAGUGUCACCACCGACGGCUGCACGAGUCACACCGGAGCCUGGGGCAAGACUGUGAUCGAAUACAAAACCACCAAGACCUCCCGCUUGCCCAUCAUCGACGUGGCCCCCUUGGACAUCGGCGCCCCAGACCAGGAAUUCGGCUUCGACGUUGGCUCUGUCUGCUUCCUGUAAACUCCCUCCACCCCGACCUGGCUCCCGCCCACCCCACCCACGUGCCCCCCACCCUGGAAACCAGACAAACAAGCAAAACUGAACCCCCCAAAAAGCCAAAAAAUGGGAGACAAUUUCACAUGGACUUUGGAAAUUUUUUUUUUCCUUUGCAUUCAUCUCUCAAACUUAGUUUUUAUCUUUGACCAACUGAACAUGACCAAAAACCAAAAGUGCAUUCAACCUUACCAAAGAAAAAAAAAAAAAAAAGAAUAAAUAAAUAACUUUGUAAAAAAGGAAGCUUGGUCCACUUGCUUGAAGACCCAGUGGGGGUAAGUCCUUUUCUGCCCGUUGGGCUUAUGAUACCCCAAUGCUGUCCUUUCUGCUCUUUUCUCCACCCCCUUCGGGGCCUCCCCUCCAUUGCUCCCCAAAUCUAAGUCUCCCCAAAAGGCACAGGAAACAAUGCAUUGUCUGCCUAGCAACCAAAGGCAAUGCUAAAACCCAAGUGGCCCGCACCCCUCAGCCCAGCUCCUCCCACCCACGGCUCCCAGACCCUGGGGGACCUGAGGUGUUCAGACUGCCAAAGAAGCCUUACCACCUGGCAUCCACGUGACCCCUGCGACAGACCCCUCUUCGUUUUUGAGGGGUCCAUGCCAGGGGCAUCACUGGUCCCUCAACGGGUUUGGAGGAGAGUCAGGAAGGGCCACGACAGAGCCGAAACAUCGGAUUUGGGGAAAGCGUGUCAACCCCCCGUGCACAGGGUUGGGUGGGAGAGAUUGUUCUGUUCCUUGUGUAAUUGUGUUGCUGAAAGACUACCUCGUUCUUGUCUUCAUGUGUCACCGGGGCAACUGCGUGGGGGUGGGGAUGGGGGCAGGGUGGAAGGGCUCCCCGUUUUAUAUCAACGGUGUGACAUCUCUGUGACGGGGCAGGGCAGGGAGGGGGGUCACUGGUGCUAUAGAACUUGACAUGCCCCCCCAGGCCAGCAAAUGUUCCUUUUGUUCACAGUCUUUUUUUUUAUUCUUUGUUUUUUUUUUUUUCUUUCUUUCUUUCUUUCUUUAAUUCUUUCCACGGAUGGGGACUCAUGUGAAGUUUCUAAAGGUGCUAUUUAACAUGAGGGGAGAGAGUGCCUCGCGCCAGCCUGCCUGCUCCGUCUCCACUCUCUCCACCCACCUCUGGCUUCUGCCCUCCUCUCUAACCUCUCUCCCCCAACCCCCCCCCCCCCCGCCUCUGCAUCCCAUCCUCCUGGCCUCGGCCUCUCUCCUGGUCAGUCCUGCCUCCUCUCUCGCCUCCUCUCUCCUCCUCUCUCGGGUUUCAGAGCACAACUUCCCAAAGCACAAAGCAGUUUUUCCCCCCAGGGGUGGGAGGAAGCAAGAGACUCUGUACCUAUUUUGUAUGUGUAUAAUAAUUUGAGAUGUUUUUAAUUAUUUUGAUUGCUGGAAUAAAGCAUGUGGAAAUGACCCAAACAUA